AUGGAUUCCCAAGAAGGGCUCCUCAUCGAGUCACAGCUCGCAAUUCCCAGAUCGGGGGGCCGAAAAUUGAGGGAAAAAGGAGAGAUGAUUGAAUCUCACACUCUUAACCCUGAGUUUCAAUUCUUUCCUAUCCCCACCCGAGAAAAAGAGAGCCAUGUUGCGUUGAAUGAUGAACCCGUCAAAACUGUCACGGACCUUUCGGUGUCUAUCCCUAAUGCUUCGGGGCACACCUUGCCACAUCAUCUUCCUGCCGUUGCUCCAGACCUCGAGGCUAUAGCUGUAAUUUUUUGCCUCGUUGUCAUUGCCCAUGAAACGUAA